AUGCUCCCGACGCACGUGCAAGACACGAUCGAUGCGACGCCGGACGCGACCGCCAUCUACGUCUUCAACCUCGCGGAGGUACCGCGCCUCAUGACCGAGUGGCGCGCCGCCUUUCCCAAUAUCCGCCCUUUCUACGCGGUCAAGUGCAACUCGGACCGCCGCCUCGUCUCGGCGCUGCACGCGCUGGGUGUCGGGUACGACUGUGCGUCACCUGCGGAGAUUGCGCUCGUCCAGUCGCUCGGUGCGUCGCCGAACGACAUUUUGUACGCCAACCCGAUGAAGCGCGAAGUCGACAUUCGCACUGCGACGCACGCAGGUGUCGCGCAAAUGAGCUUUGACAGCAUCGACGAGCUCCACAAGAUCAAGGCGCACGCUGCGACCGGUGACGUCAACCUCUCGCUGCGCCUCAAGUGCGGUGACGACAAUGCGCUGCUUCGCAUGGGCGACAAGUUUGGUGCGGAUGCCGCCGACUGGCCGGCGCUCUUGGCCGAAGCCAAGGCACUGGCGCUGCCCGUGCGCGGUAUCUGCUUCCACCUCGGGUCCGGCUGCAUGAAUCCGAGUGCAUAUGCCCAAGCCAUUUCGCAAGCCGCCGACUGCAUUCGCAUGGCGAGCUCCGAGUAUGGCUUUUGCAUUGAUACGCUCAACAUUGGCGGCGGGUUCGCAUCGCCCUUGCACGCCGGCGUCGUAUCGGCCAUCAACGAAGCGGUGCGAGCGUGCUUUGGCCCGACGCCGACGCUGCGCGUGAUCGCCGAGCCCGGGCGGUUCUUCGCCGAGACCGUGUGCACGCUGCAUUUGCGCAUUCUCGGCAAGCGCGUGCGCUCGUCCAGUCGCGUCAUCGACUACUUCGUGCACGAGAGCAUCCACGGCUCGUUCUUCUUUGCGCCCUUCGGCAAGCUCAACCCGACGCUCGACGAGGACGAAGAAGAAGAGACUUUUCAAAGCCAUGUGUAUGGCGACACGUGCCACGGCGGCGACGUGCUCUCCAAGAACCUCAUGAUGCGAGAGCGCAGCGUCGGCGACUGGCUGCAGUACCAGCGCAUGGGCGCCUACACGCAUGUCUUUGCGACGACCUUCAACGGCAUGGACUUUGCCAAGUGCCUCACGACGCUCUACCUCCCGUCGCCGUAG